GGGAAAGAGAGCAAGAAUGGCCUUGGCAACAUCAUUCCAACCCGAGAAAAAGAGGAAGAAGAAACGAGCGAAAAUUUUAGAUACUCGGGGGCAAGACCGACGGCUACUUUAUAUGCUUCGCUGCUGGUUUGGAAUAUCAAGUUAUGAGCGAACCUGUGUCUCCAGUCCGCGUGGAGGUUUUAACUCAGUCACCAGCUCUCAGCCUAACUUCCUCGUGUGGCUGUUGAGAAGAUAUGGGCUCCUUUUGAGAGGAAGGCUUCAAGCCCAUGGCAUUGUGUCGGAAUACAUCACCUACCCUCGUGUAACCCUCUCCUCUGCCUCUCGCCUGUGUGUCCGGCACAGCCCUCUUGGAGACUCCUCCCGGCACUCUCUUACCCUCUUGGACCCCCGUGCAUCUCCUCAGGAGGAUCAGGGCCCUCCAAGCUGGACUUUACAUCAAGUGGAAGGGGCAUUGGCUAAUCCCAGUCGCCCACUGCUGGCUGUAAGAGCGGGGCAGCUGGCCCAAAUCUAUGAUGUGGAUCAGCAUUCCUUAAGGUAUCAGUGGGAAUUUUCCCACCUUAUUCAGUACUGGGUAUGGCUAAAUACAGACACUCUGGCUGUAGUGACUGAGGAGGAUGUCUUCCACUGGACUGUAAAACGAAGUGGACCAAGAUGGCAGUUUAGCCGGCAUGAACGGCUCUGUGGCAUGGAGGUGGUAGGAUAUCAACGGGAUACCAGUCGUAUGUGGAUGGCUCUCUCAGCUCUAGGUCUUGAGCAGGGCCAAGUUGUGGGUCUGACUCAGCUUUAUUGGCGAGGUGGCCUGCUGUCUCAGGUAAUAGAAGCCCAAGCAGUGGCCUUGCCUCAGCACAGAUUUUCCAGGAAUCCAAAACCUUCAACAGCCCUCUUAGCAGCUGUGCGGAGAGGCAAGGAACGGACUGGACAGUUCCAUGUGGUGGAGCUUGGACCACACCAACCAGGGAAUGCAGCCCUGCUUAGUGCCCGUGGCACCUUGAUGUUCAGGGCGACUCGGCUGGGGGACUUCCCUAGUGCUGUACAGUUCCUGCCUCAGUUGGGUGUGGUGGCAAUUCUUACCAAACAUGCUUUGCUCUUCCUUGCUGAUGUUGAGACGGCACAAACCAUUCAUCGCGUCCAGCUGAUCUUGGAUAUACUUUUUGCUACUGUACUUGACGAUAGGCCCCACAGCCUGCUGGGAGUUUGCCGCAGUGGCAACGUGCUGUCUAUCUCCAUCUGUCCGUAUGCCCUGUGCCAAUACAUCUCCCACCGUCCUGCCAGCCUGUACCUUUCUCAACGAGUGCUGCAGCUGGUGGGCCCAAUCCCUGCUGCACAGAAAGCUAUUCCUCUAGAGUGACUUCUGACCCAUAUAGUGAGAUGGAACACCACAGUGUCUCAAACCUGUCUGCAAUCCCGUGUUGUCCUUCUGGGACCUUUGGGAAAGCGAAAACCAAUAAAAGCAUGAGGGGGGUUGAGGGUGAGGUCCAUAGCAGCAACAGGCAAGGUGGAGUAGUGUCUUGUUCACCAGGCCUGCUGAGCUGCUGCAGAAGUAGGAAAGAAAAAAUGGAUAAUUCUAUGGAGAAAGAUAACUCCUGUAAAUAUGCAUUUGAUUUUUUUUGUAUGUUGGAGAUUUUUAUGGGGAGAGAAAGGUACCUACAAGGGGUGAUAUUUAUGCUGCAAGGGAGCUUGGCCAUAUAAAUGUUUGGUGCUGGUCUCUGCCUCUGGCUUUCCCUUGCUUCCCUUUCACAAGGGGAGCUGGGUAUGUGUCAGCUGUGUCCCUUAUCUGCAAGGAACACUGGGUCACUGGUGGAGUGGAGACGAGAGUUUCUGUCUACAGCUCUGCCCUUUCCACCUUCUAUGUCGUGACCUGCUGGCUUACCUUUGCUUUGAAAAAUAAAAGGAAGCGGAAUGGGUUAUUUAUCUACUAGUCAUUCACGCAGGGAGCCACGAUGACAAAAUUACUGGUGUUUCCAUAAUAAGGUUGCUACCUGGUUAUUUUUUAAAUGAUGUCUAUCUGGCCUAAUCAAAUAUGGGUUUUUUUUGAGACUUGAAAAAACUCGAGACUUUAUGUGUAUUGUUUAUCGGCAAUAUGUGGUCAAAGGGCAAUUCAGCAUAUGAAUAAAGUACUCCACCCGUCUCUAGUCAAGAA